AAUGUUCAAACUAUGCUUGUCUACUUUCAGGUUGGCUGCGAAGUAUGCAGGGAUUGGUUACCCAAGACGAGGCAACGGAUGACCAAUAGGAGUGCCCUUCCCUCUUAUCUAAUUGUAUUGCGAUUGGUUGUAAAUAUAAUACUUGACCUUGAGUCUUCGUUCUUACUAGCACGCAACACUUGUGUGAUCACGCUGCUAACGUGCGCUUUGCUCUCUGUUUCAGAUCAUUGCUUGACGAGUGGGAUUACAUAAAUGGCGAGCCUGCCAACGAAAAAACUUUCUUCUUCCAAGUCUCGACCCAAUGAGGCUUCCAAGAACACUUCGCCUGUCAAAGAGACAGCAUCCAACGAGGUGGAUCAAUUAGCUGAAGUGAGGGCUCCAGCUUUUCAGUCAAAUCAGCCUGCUUCGCGAUAUGUCCAUCCCUUGCCGCAUACACUGGAGGUGGGUGAUGAUUUCGAGCUGUGGUCGGACAAGGUGUGCCGAUACAUUGAUCUGAUGAACGUGCCUCACCCGAACGCAUUCGUCAUCGAUUCUGUUGGACGGUCCUUGGAAAUGUACACAAUUGGUUUGGAUUACGUGCAUAUGCCCUUGACCACCCUGUUGAGUACUCUAAGAGCACGUAUAGUGCCACCAAUACCUCCCAUUGAAGCGCUGAAAAGAUUCAGCGAGUGUAACCAGAGACAAGGUGAAUCUAUCAACCAGUUCACCUUACGUCUCCGCAAGCUUGCGCGUCAAGCUAUGCAGGACAAGACAUAUUCAGAGGUUGAAAACGCUAUAUAUUCCAAGUUCUUGCAGGGUGUCGACGUCCGUUACAGGAAGGACUUCAACUUGCACACUCCAGCAUCCAUGGCAGAAGCGGAAGCUAGGGCACGCCUAGUGGAAAGCCUGGAAGAGCCAGGAACCACAUGCCCACAAGUAAACGCAAUGGGAUAUCAGCACACAACAACAAAGCAUGCACAGAAUCCUACACCACCGUGGAAAGGACGCCCACAGUCGCAAUCCACUUCAAGAAACGAUUGCUACUACUGCAGGCGGUUUGGUAAGCUUGCUAGGAGUUGUGGUCACAAUGCAGGUUGGCUGCGAAGUAUGCAGGGAUUGGUUACCCAAGACGAGGCAACGGAUGACCAAUAGGAGUGCCCCUUCCCUCUUAUCUAAUUGUAUUGCGAUUGGUUGUAAAUAUAAUACUUGACCUU